UUUGGGAGUUUUUCAGUGUGUUGGAAAGCUCGGAGAGGAGAUACAAAGACAGCAAGAGUCCAAGAAGAAGAAGAGGGACGACAGAGAAACCUGGAGGAGGAGAAGGGCGCUCAUACAUCGAAGUAACCAUGGAAGUUCCUGGUAUGCAGAGUACUCAGAUCGAUCCGGAGGAGUUGUUCACCAAAUUGGAUCGCAUCGGAAAAGGAUCUUUUGGAGAGGUGUUUAAAGGGAUCGAUAACCGGACUCAGAGCGUCGUUGCCAUUAAGACCAUUGACCUGGAGGUGGCCGAGGACGAGAUCGAGGACAUCCAGCAGGAGAUCACGGUCCUCAGUCAGUGCGACAGCCCGUACAUCACCAAGUACUACGGCUCGUAUCUGAAGGGCAGCAAACUAUGGAUCAUCAUGGAGUAUCUUGGUGGAGGCUCAGCGCUCGACUUGCUGCGGGCGGGUCCGUUUGAUGAGUCACAGAUUGCCACCAUGCUGAAGGAGAUCCUGAAGGGACUUGACUACCUGCACUCUGAGAAGAAGAUCCACAGAGACAUCAAAGCUGCCAAUGUCCUGCUGUCGGAGCACGGGCAGGUGAAGCUGGCGGACUUCGGGGUGGCCGGUCAGCUGAUGGACACGUUCAAGAGGGAUACCUUCGUGGGAACGCCGUUCUGGAUGGCUCCGGAGGUCAUCCAGCAGUCCGCCUACGACUUCAAGGUGGAUAUUUGGUCGCUGGGCAUCACGGCCAUCGAGCUCGCCAAGGGCGAACCCCCGAACUCCGACAUGCAUCCGAUGCGAGUGCUGUUCCACAUCCCCAAGAGCCCUCCUCCGACGCUCAGCGGAGAUUUCUCCAAGAGCUUCAAAGAGUUCACCGAGGCCUGCCUCAACAAGGACCCUGCCUUUCGUCCCACGGCCAAGGAGCUCCUCAAACACAAGUUCAUCGUCAAACACUGUAAGAAGACGUCCUACCUCAGCGAGCUGAUCGACAGGUACAGGAGGUGGAAGGAGGCGGGCCACAGCGACAGCAGCUCUGACGACUCAGACGGUGAGUCCAGUAAUAAAGAGAACAGCGAGUCCCCUGAAUGGUCCUUCACCACCGUCCGGAAGAAGAAGACGGAGGGCAGGAAGGUGCUGAAUGGAACGGGUCAGGAUCAGCUGAGCAAAUCUGCCAGUCUGACCACAGUCAUCUCCCCUGUCUUCACAGAGCUGAAGCAGCAGCACAAGGAGCACUCUGAGCAGCGAUUGGCCAUCGAGGAGCUGGAACGCAACAUCCGAUUGGCCGAAGACGUGUGUCCAGGCAUCACAGACAGGAUGGUCACACACAUCAUUGCCAGAUUCACGACCAACUGAAGGACGGACGGACGGAGGGACGGAUGGAAAUAGGAAGUACGUUAUGUGAAGAGGGACUGUGUCUCCGUACGGUGGCGCUGCUGGAUGAUUGGACACGGAGGAGAUUUGCUGUGCGAUGUCUCCUCGCUGAACACACACAUCACAUACACACACACUCACUACUAAUGUUAUAUAUACACUAUAUUAUAUGUACAAAAUACACACACACACACACACACACACAGCUGCUUGUUGAAGGCCUUUUUUUGUCCCUGAGUUGGCUUCUGAAGACAGGCGGAUUUAUUUUCUAGUCCGAAGGUUUAAAAUGCUUCAGUCAUAAAUAACACGCAGACCCUUUAGUCAGAUCUGAGUCCCCGAGUCUUGUUAUGUUGGAACUUCCUAAAUUACCGUCAUGUGCCUUAAUUAUUUAUGCUAUCAAUCAUUUUCUGAAAGUAGACGUCACUUUUUAACGGACACGUUUUUGUUGAAACCACACAGGAAGAUAUAUAGAAGAGGGUGGUCGUCUGUCGGCAGUAGUGCGGUUUGUGUCAUGACUUGCCUUGACUUUGUAGAUGUCUAUACGUUUGUUCAGUAGCACUUGAGACAGAUUAUAUGCCAAUAUUAUGUAUUUUUUUGUUGUUGUUGUCUUCAGUAAUGCUUUAAAUUGCAGUUCCCUGAUCCCAGAAUUCAGUCAAGUUCAGAUCUCACACACAAAAGUUUCAGUUUUCAGGGUAAAUCUUUGUCAUUUAGCUCUGAUUUUACAGCUGAAAAGAAACCGACCUGUUUUUCUGGUAAUUAUCUGAACAUUGAAGGUGAAAAACAUUCCCUAAAAUUAAACACACUUAAGGAAUCUGAGAAACAUUUUUAUUUGUAAGGUUUCCAGAUAAAAAAAAUAACCAAUUUUAAGGAUUUAUGCCCCUUUUUGGCUCAUCGGGAGCUAUCAGGCUCCCAUCUAGAUAGGCAGCUAGUAGCUAGCAGGCUAGCUAGCUAGCUAACUGCUGUCUUCAAAGUAACUAGCUACAUUUAACUAUUAAAUACAUGUCACAUCCUCAAGUUUACUACACUGUCACUAGUUAAGAUAAAUUUAUAACGUAAAUGUUUAACAUGGCUGCCAUGUGAAUAAGGUCAGUGUGGUAACAAAACCAGUAGCAUUGCACAACCGUUAGCAUCAAAGUUACUGUUCUGAAUAAAAGGUGUAAAUGGGGAAAUCUUGACUUUGGAACAGAAGUAGCUCGACUGUCGGUUAAGAUUUUAUUCUGGGAUUCAUUAUCUGGGAUCUGUGUAGUUCAGAAGUAUCUGUGUGGAGUAAGAUAUCCAUGAUGGAAAUAAAGCGAAAUUAAAAUUUUCCAGGAUCUGCAAGGUACAACCGCACAGAGGUCUUCCACCUGCUCAUUGAAACAAUGUCCUUUUUCAACGUGCAUCAAGUUUGGGAAAAUAUUGUUGAGGACAAUCGACUUAUGACUGACGGUUGAUUCUUAACAGGAUGCUUGGUGUGUCGGGACGUUGUGACGGGAGCUGUAAUGGAAGGUAUUACUGAGAGUUUGUACCAAAGACACUAUAAAACUUGGUCAUUGUAUAUUGUUGUCUUUUUAUAUAUCAUAAGGGAUGCGAUACGAGGGGGGGAAAUGAGAGAUGUAAGAUUUUACAGAAAUGUACUCUUUUUUUGUAGCGGGACUUAGAGUUUUAUGAAUAAAUAUUUAAGUUUGAUUGAGA